AUGACCGGGUCGAGCGUGGUGCGUGGGUGGAAUUCCAACCUGUACUUUUUGCGCGCUGGGCCUGCGGCCGAGCUGCUGGCACUUCUCCGCUACGCCGUGACUCAGCUGCGGGUGCUUCGGCUGGGCUUCAUGUACCUGCAGGGUGAUUUUUAUGGUAGAACGGAGUAUGAGCAGGCACAAGAUGUGAUGUCGAAGAUGGGCUACGAGUUCUGCGGUGUCUUCACCGUGAAAACCGCUUCGAGUGGUGAGGCCGACCCUAACGAGUUCGACGAUGUGUGGAAGCGGUUUGCCGCGACUCAGCCGCAGGCUGUGAUUGUGUUUGGCUCGCCGCUAGCAGCCACUGGGGAAUUCGUUACGAGGAUGCUGAAGGACGAUCGCACCGCCGGCGCGUACCUGCUGGCCUCCGUUGGUUUGCAGCCAACUGUUCUCGACACGUGGCGUGCUGCCGUGGCUGGUGGUGUCAAGUUUGUGCCCGGGCAGGUGAUCACGACUGGGACGAACCCGCUGGCGAAGGACGCAAGGCACGAAGCCAUCCAGCGUUUCCAGGCGGUGAUGCAGGAUUAA